AUGGCCGACCGCGAUACAGAACUGCUGUUCUCAGCAACUCAACACACUAACGAUGUGCUUGUAUCCUCAUUUCUCCAUGCAAAAUCUUUUACGUCAACAGGAAAGAUAACCAUUGAAGGACCUAUCUCAGCUGCGAGCUCCAACGGUCACCCCGAGGCAGUGACUGCCACCUCCCAAUACAAAUUCAGUAAAAGUGGAUACCAUAGCUACUGGUGCGUCUUACGAAGAGGCCAAUUCAGCUAUUACAAGGACAAGCAAGAGCGCAAGCCUUUGGAUGUAAUAUCGGCCGAUCAAACCUUGGAUUUCCGCAUUUCUGAUAAAGAUCUUCGAAUUGAUCUCUAUACAACGCGGAGAACUUUUUCCCUCAAAACAGAGUCUUUGGAACUGUUGCAACAGUGGCGCGAGGCGCUACAGGAGUUUUUUGUCGGGAGGCGACGCCAACGGUCGCAAACUGAGCCCACCUCUGCAAAAGCGAACGAUGGUGCAAACGCUGGUACUACUUCCACUGCUGUUUUCGCUGACGAGGAUGAGGAUGAGAAUAGUGAUGAAGAUGCUGCGGUCGAGGAUGACCACAAUGAUGACAAUGACGACGACUUUGAGAUUAUUUCCGAGGCUGGGCCGGAUGCAGGGUUUCACGAUGGUUCUUCCCGCCUAUUUCCAGUUCCAGAAGAAGAUCGAGAGUUUUAUGCAACCUAUAGCCCUGAGCAAGACCCUCCUCGUGAGCUUCAAAGAGGAAUUCUUUACUGUAGGGUAAGAAAAAGGCUUGGUCGCAAGACAUGGAAAAAAGUGGCUGUGAUGUUGGAUAGUGCCAAAUUACACAUCACAUCGGUCUCUUCUAAGAAGCUUUAUCGUCAGAUAGAUCUCCGAAAAGUGGUGGAUUCCAUUGAAGCUGGAAAUCAACGCAAUUUUACUGAUUUUGCCAUUAUCACCUAUGAUGAGCGAUUGAAAUUCCGCGCGCUUAGCGAACAAGAUACCAUUGACUGGAUCAUGAACCUCAAAAGCUGUGCUUUAGCCAGAAAAAAUUUAGAACAGUUACAAUCGAACUCGAGAGGGCUGGAUAUGUGA